UCGUCCCCGCCCACUCCGGUUCGUUGGCUGCCUCCCGCCCCGGGGAUGCGUGGAUGAUGCGUGGAUGUGGGGUCAGUGUGUAUUUACGUUGCGAGGUUCACAACAAAGGAGAGCCUGUCAUUCAAACCCGAGCCUCCACUCACACGCAACUGCAUCUUUUUCCUCCUAACCGAACCACCUCCAAGCUCCACCUGGAGAUUUUUUUUCCCUCUCCCCAGCUUUAUUAGUGACGCGACAAUUAUGACAUUUUUACCCCCUUUCUUCUUCUCUUUCUUCUUGUUCUUCUUCACGUGCCGGUGAGCUAGCUUGCUAAAUUGGCGGCGGCGGCGGCGGUGCCGGAGCUCAGCCCGGCGGCAGACAGUCAGCUAGCGGCGCCGUCGUCGCUGAGAAUAAAGCCGUCAUUGAACCCACGGCCAAGACUGACGGACGCCCGAAGCAUGCGAGGGUGGAGCUGAGGCUCAGCUGACCCUUUCCCGUCCUCCUCCUCCUCUUCCUCCUCUCCCACCCCCGGCGUUCCACUUAACGCAACUCCCUGUCCCGCUUCCUCCUUCCCCCUGUCUGCCUCGCGAACAAUCCCCCCCACGACCCUCCCCCACCCCGCCCCCCACCGCGGCGCAGCGGGACGCCCAUCCAUCAGCCGAGCCCCAUGUACUCCCCCGAGCAGGAGAACAUCUGCACCACUUCCAUCAAAGUGCCAGUCAAGUAUGGAGAGCUCAUUGUGCUCGGGUACAAUGGCUCUUUGCCCAACGGCGACCGAGGCCGACGCAAAAGCCGCUUCGCGCUCUGCAGACGACCGAAAGCCAACGGAGUCAAACCCAGCACGGUUCACGUCGCCUGCUCUCCGCAGGCCGCCAAGGCCAUCAGCAACAAAGACCAGCACAGCAUCUCGUACACGCUGUCCAGAGCCCAGACGGUGGUGGUGGAGUACACGCAGGACAGCAAUGUAGACAUGUUCCAGGUGGGCCGUUCUACGGAGAGCCCAAUCGACUUCGUGGUGACGGACACGGUGGCGGGCAGCCAGAGCAACGGUGACACGCAAACGGUCCAGAGCACCAUUUCGCGCUUCGCCUGCCGCAUCACGUGCCAGCGCACGCCGCCUUACACCGCCCGCAUUUUUGCGGCCGGCUUCGACUCCUCCAAGAACAUCUUCCUCGGGGAGAAAGCGGCUAAGUGGAAGACGGCCGACGGGCAGAUGGACGGGCUGACCACCAACGGCGUGCUGGUGAUGCACCCCCGCCACGGCUUCAGCCAGGACUCCAGGCCCGGCGUGUGGCGCGAGAUCUCCGUGUGCGGCAACGUCUUCACCCUGCGAGAGACGCGCUCGGCGCAGCAGCGGGGGAAGAUGGUGGAGGCGGAGUCUCAGGAGCUGGUGGACGGCUCCCUGAUCGACCUGUGCGGCGCCACCCUGCUGUGGCGCACGGCCGAGGGGCUGUCGCGGACGCCCACCCUCAAGCACCUGGAGGCCCUGCGGCAGGAGAUCAACGCGGCGCGGCCGCAGUGCCCCGUGGGCUUCAACACGCUGGCCUUCCCCUCCAUGCGGCGCAAGGACACGCCGGACGAGAAGCAGCCGUGGGCGUACCUGCGCUGCGGCCACGUGCACGGCUACCACGACUGGGGCAACCGCUGCGAGGAGCGCGACGGGCGCCAGCGCGAGUGCCCCAUGUGCCGCGCCAAGGGGCCCUACGUGCCCCUGUGGCUGGGCUGCGAGGCCGGCUUCUACGUGGACGCCGCGCCCCCCACCCACGCCUUCGGCCCCUGCGGCCACGUCUGCUCGGAGAAGACGGCGGCCUUCUGGAGUCAGAUCCCGCUGCCGCACGGCACGCACACCUUUCACGCCGCCUGCCCCUUCUGCGCCCGCCAGCUGAGCGGCGAGCGCGGCUUCGUCAGACUCAUCUUCCAAGGGCCCCUGGACUAGAGGACGCCUUUUCUUUUUCUUCUUCUUUUUUUAAGGUGAGGGACUUUUAAGUGACCUUUUGGACGAUUCCUUUUAAUGACGAAAGAUUUCUAUAUUUUCCAAAACUGCUGGAGAGACUUUGUGAUUGUGAUGACGACGACGACGACGAGAGUAUUUAUCCCGAACCAAAAGCGGCAGUACGGCUUAUUGUUCUCGUACAAAAGGGGUGCCCCCCCCCCCCAAAAAAAAAAAAAAAAUGACUCACUCUUCGGCUUCUUCCCUAAAAUUUGGCAUUUGGGGAUUUUAGGAGAAGUGUAUCGGGUACUCGUAAAGGCUGCCGUUACCACCAACUGAUAAGUAAAAACAAAACAACGACGAC